AUGGCGGUUCUCAUCAGCUCUAGGGUGUGCUUCCACCCUCUGUCUGGCUAUCCUGGCCCACGAUUAUGGGCAUCCAGUCGCAUUCCAUACCGACAUGCUCAGAUUUCACGAUUUUAUGGGCCUGUCGUUCGUCUUGCGCCUAAUAAGCUCUCCUUCGCAACGGAAGAAGCAUGGAGAGAUAUCUACAUGCACAGGAGAGGUCACUCCGAGGCGAAGAAGGAUACAAUCUGGUACAUGGCUCCGGAAGGCAUGCCACCUAAUAUUGUCACAACGGCGGACAUUCAAAUCCGAGCUCGCAUGCGAAGACUUCUGUCCACGUCGUUCAACGCACAAUCUCUUCUUGACCAAGCCCCAGUGCUGGAGGAAUACGCUGAUAAAGUUAUCGAUCGCUUGUCAGAAAUCUAUCGAGAUAAUACGUCGCAGGGCAAGGCCACUGUGGUCAACAUGCUCGAUUGGACCAACUUCUACACUAUGGACAUCAUUGGGGAUCUUGCGAUGGGCGAAUCUUUUCACUGCCUCGACCAGAGCUCAUACCACCCCUGGGUCAAAACCCUUUGCAUGUUCUUCAAAGGUAUAAUUAUAGCAGCUGCAGUACGGUUCUUUCCUGGCGGAUGGCUGCUGCUCCAGGCCUUGAUACCAAAGAAGUUACGUGAACAGCAGAAGCAGCGUACUGAGUUCACCAACGCAAAGAUCCGUCAACGUGUCGAGCUCAAGACGAGACGCCCUGACUUUCUUUCACCAUUCCUUCGUGAGAUGGAAGUGUCGCCAGAGAAAAUGUCACUUGGUGAGAUACAGUCUACUUUUGGAGUGAUCCUAGUUGCUGGGUCAGAAACCACCGCUACAACGCUCGUCGGGUGUCUGUAUAGACUGGCGUCCAACGUCACUACACAGGAGAAGCUCUGGUCGGAAGUACAGCACUUCCAGUCAAACCAAGCAAUAACCGUGGAAUCGACAAGAAACCUUGAGUACUUGGACGCAGUGCUCAACGAAAGCCUUCGGCUCUGCUAUGCCAUUCCUGGAGGCUUACCUCGAAUCGUUCCCGAAAAGGGCGAUACAUAUGCGGGUCACUUUGUCCCAGGGGGUACCUCGAUCUCUAUCCGACCACAUGUUCUUAUACACUCCGAGAAAUACUUCAAGAAUGCAUGGACUUUUGCACCCGAACGAUGGCUUCCCAAUGAGAAGCGUCCCGAGGAAUUUGCGAACGACAAUCUGUCCGCAAGUCAGCCCUUUAGUGUUGGCCCAACAGGUUGCAUCGGGAAGCCGCUAGCCUUGGCAGAGAUGAAAGUCAUGUUGGCAAAGUUGCUUUGGAACUUCCGAUUGUCCAUGGUUGAAGAUAAACCGUUCAAAUGGGAGGAUCUAAAGAUGAUGAUGGUCGUGGAGAAAGGGCCACUUUGGUUGGCGUUGGAGAAGCGACAGCACUAGUGGGACUUCACUCUACGAUGACACUCCACAUAUGAUGUGCCCAUGCAUAUAACUCUCAGCACUGGUUAGUAUAUAUGUGGAUUAAAUGAAUCUUGAAUGCACAC